CAUGUUUGUGUGUGAUGAUGUGCGGUGUCUAUGUGUUUCAGCUCUCACCGCUGAGUGUAAUCAGCAGCACAGGCUCUCACUCUCAGUCCUCGCUGCUCGUUUUACGGAAGCGUUGUGGACGCGGCGUUAAAUCUGAAGGACACGGUGCAGCCCGUGUCUUUGAACGCAUCUGGAGACGUUUGGUGUUUCAGUGAGAUGUAAACGUCUGCCUGGUUCAUCUGUCUGCUGCUUCUCUCCUGAACCAACCUGCCCCGGAUCUCUGUCACACAUCCCCCCGCUGAGGAAGGAAAGGAGCAAGGAAGUAAGGGAGGGAGAGAGGGAGGAAGGCGCUGGGAUGCCGAUGGUUUCAACUGGGAGGCGACUGGAGUGGAAAGUUGUGUGUUUUUAGUUAAUGGUUCAGUCCCAUCGUGCACCGAGGCUCCGCACUGACCGAGCUCCACCAAGAUCCACCUGCUGUUCACGUCCUCAGCACUGACCAACUAAACCAGAAAUCUUUAAAAAAUGGACCAAGAUAAUCAGAGCAAAUGUCCGACUCAAGAAGAAAACACAACGGUGGGAGCAGAAGCUUCAACAGCUCUGGCAUCAACUCCAGCUCCGGCAUCGACUCCAGCUCCGGCAUUGACUCCAGCGGCUCCACCCUCAGUUCUGCCUACAGGCCAGCCCCCGUCCGCUGCCCGCCCUCGACGGCCCCAGAGAAGUGCCAGAGUGGAGGGCUCUGUGGACAUCUCCGACCCUAAAGCUGAGCCCAAAGCUGAACCCGCUCCGGAGGCUCAACUGGACGAGAGCACUCCUGACGGCACUGUGCCCAGUCGUCCCAAACCCUCCCGCUCUGCAGCAGUCAAACCUUUAGGAGAGCGCAUUAAAGCUGGCCACAAGGGUCCAGGGCACCCCCCGGUCAGGGCUGUCUCAGUCCCCCACCCACCCGUGAGCAGGCCUGUGGCUCCUCACCUGAACCCUCAUGCACAGAGAGCCUUCUCUGUCGCAGGUACAGCUGACACUCAGGCCCAGACUCUGGAAGACUUCAGGGUGCACAUCAUCACUUGGAACGUGGGUUCGGCCACGCCACCUGAUGACAUCACUGCCUUGCUGGGUCUGAACGUGGGUGAUGGAAACACAGACAUGUAUAUUAUCGGGCUGCAGGAAGUGAACUCUAUGAUUAACAAAAGGCUGAAAGAUGUCCUCUUCACAGACCAGUGGAGCGAGGUCUGCAUGGAGAGACUCAGCCCCUUUGGAUAUGUGCUG